AUGGGGUGCAGCGCCUCCAAGGAUGUCAAGGGUGGCAACAACACAAGGACUCCGACCAGUAACACAAGGGAAAAUGCUGCCUCAGUUGCUGCGGCACCGCCUGCGCCGGCUGCAGAGGCACCAUCUGCACCGGCUGCAGAGGCACCAUCUGCACCGGCUGCAGAGGCACCACCUGCGCCCGUUGCAGAGGCACCACCUGCGCCCGUUGCAGAGGAACCACCUGCACCGGCUGCAGAGGCACCGCCUGCACUCCGUGUGCCGAGCGACGAAAACGAUGCCUCGAACCAUGAGAGCAAGUCGGCUAGCAACCGCUCCGUGGAAAUCCCGGCAAGCCGUGAGAAGGACUGUAACGAUAACAUGACCAACAGCAUGGACAAGUCUUUGAAGGGUGGGCCCGACAAGACCCCGACUCGAAAUGGCUCUGAAAUAUCCAACGGUCACACGGACGAUAAGGACGCCCCUGUCGUGCUGCCCAACGGUGUUUGGACGCUGACAGUGGGAACCCCUUACUACUACUCCGCAGAGGAGAACCUGUACUAUCACCCGCCUAGCUGUCAGUUCUACGACCCCACAAACGGGAUGUGGUACGACCCGGUGUCUGAUGAGUGGUACCGCGACGAAGGAUCCGAAGCGGGGACGGCGUAG